AUGGCCUCCCAGGGGCCCGCUUUCCGAGGGGAAGAGGAGCGUCUGGGAAUCUACAACAUCGAGAGGGGGCACUUCGAGGUCUCGCGUGUGGCAGAGAACGAAACGAGCCUUCAGAUUCUGGCGAGCUCCACCUUCCUGAAAGGCAAGACGAGGGAGGCCAUCGAGCAGUACCAGAUCAUUAUGGAAGAUGUGGUGGCGUCCCGUCGCAGCAUGGUCAACAUCAUACCCGGUGAAGCUUAUCCAGGCAACUUCUCCGGUUUCGUGGUCCUGUUCGCCACCGCAGAGACCGCUGGCCGGAACUACAUUCAGGAAGUUUGGCAGGCCAUGCGUUUCGUCGGCCUGGUGCCACGAAGGUUCUACUUUUCCACUUUUGCCAACGGCGUAAUUGCCUAUAGCCUCUUCUUCCCGGGGGGUGUCCCGGAGACACAGGUGGAAUGCUUGAAGCGUGCGCUUCUGUAUUCGACGCUGCUAAAGGCCACGCCUGGGAACUCUGAGCUGGUUUACCGCAGCGUGAUGCAGUCCCAGAUCUCUCACGAGUGCGGUCUGUACGUCCUGGCCGCAGUCAAGUUUGUCUACACAUUCUUCCCCAAGGAGCAGUAUGCGCCGGAGUACAUCUCAGUGCAUAAGGUACUGGAGCACGACGCCGCCAGCCAGAGGAAACUCGAGACCUUGUACAAGCUCUGUAUCAAGGACCUCCUGUCUACGGAAAGGAUCUACAGCCUGAUCCACCGCCACCCAAAUCUGGCAAGGCUUUUCUUCGAGGACUUCGCGCUGAUCGCCCGAGGAGAGCGGGAGCCGCACUUCAACGAAGAGUUAAGUUCGGUGAUCGAUGAGGCCUGCACGGAUCCCCAAGAUCGGCAAAUUCUGAAGAUGUUCCUCACCUUCAACCACAGCAUCCUCCUGACCAAUUUCUUCAAGGCUCAGAUCCCAGGCGCUUUGUCCUUCCGUCUGGACCCGGCUGUGGCGUUGAAAGACAGACCGGCCUCUUUGUAUCCAGAAGUUCCCUACGGCAUCUACCUCGUGUGCGGCCGUGACUUCAUGGGCUUCCACACACGUUUCCGCGACGUGGCCCGGGGCGGAAUCAGGCUCGUGCUGUCCCGUGACAAGACUACCUACGAUCGCAACUUUGCCACACUUUUCGAUGAGUGCUACAACUUGGCAUUCACCCAACAGUACAAGAACAAGGACCGGCCUGCUCCCUGA